AUGGGAGAUUUGGUCGAUAAAUAUCAGAAUGCUUUUGUGCCAGGGAGGCAAAUGUCGGAUAAUUGUUUCAUUUCACAUGAAAUAAUUAACUGGGUCAAAAAAAGAAAGAAGGGGAAUAGCUUUGCAGGUAUUUUGAAGGUGGAUCUGAGUAAGGCUUACGAUCGAAUUAGGUGGGAUUUUGUUGAAGCCAUGCUGAGAAAGAUGAAUUUCCCAGAAAUCUGGGUACAAUGGAUAAUGCAAUGCAUAACAACAGUUUCAUAUGCUGUUCUCGUUAAUGGCGAGCCCUCCCAAACUAUUUUCCCAUCUGCUGGUCUAAGACAAGGGGAUCCACUAUCAUCAUACAUCUUCAUACUAUGUAUGGAGGUGCUAUCUAGGAAUCUAACUCACCUUCAAAAUAUGAAGGAGCUAGAAGGCCUCAAAAUUGCUCGCACAGCUCCAAAAAUCUCCCACCUCUUCUUUGCGGAUGAUGCACUUUUCUUCUUCAAGGCGCAACCAAAGAACUGUUGGACGAUAAAGAACGUUCUCUCAACGUUUUGUGAAAAGUCAGGGGAGAUGAUAAACUUCGAAAAAUCUCAUGUAAUCUUCAGCCCAAAUACUCCUAUUAAGUUUACAAAAAUCAUGAGGAAGCCUCUAGGUGUGCAAGUUAAGGGAAAGAUUGGCAACUACCUGGGUUGCCCUAUGGAGAUAGAUGGAAGAUCUUCAGCUAGCUUCAACGAAAUCACAACGAAAACAGUCAAUAAGAUUCUCUCAUGGAAAUUCAGCAGACUCUCUCCAGCAGCUAAACUUAUCCUCAUCAACACGAUACUGACCUCCCUAGCCUCUCACAUAGUCUCAAUUUAUCUUCUCCCGAGGAAAAUCACUAAGAAACUCUCUUCAACCCUUUUGAAGUUUUGGUGGUCUUCCUCUAUGGAGAAAAAACCAAUCUACUGGAGAAAGAAAGAAGUCCUAGAAAAUCACAAACAGCAGGGAGGUUUAGGGUUCAGGAAUAUUGAGAAAGUAAAUAAAGCUCUCCUUUUUAAUCAAGCCUGGCGAAUCCAUCAAAAAAAAGGUUCUCUCAUUAAUCAAGUCUUCACUGCAAAGUACAGAAAAGAUCCACUUCAAAUGGCAAUAGAUGAUGAAGCUCCCUCAAACUGCUCCUACGCCUACAGAAGUCUUUUUAGAGCAUGUCAGAGCUUUAAAGAGGGCCUACACAAGAGAUUAGGCAACGAAAAAACAAUAAGAAUUGACAAAGACACUUGGCAUCAUCAAGGCAAAAGCCUUAAACCAAAGAUGAGAGAGGACCACCCGUCCAGAGAGAACUACAAAAUGGUGUCAGAUAUUAUUGAUCAAGAUAGAAGAUGGAAGCAGUCAGUGAUAUGGAACAUCUUUCCAAAGGAGGAAGCAAGAGAAAUUCUAGCUACUCUCAUUCCUCAAGGAGAAGAAGAAGACGAGCUUGAAUGGUCACACACAAAGUCAGGAAGAUUCACCGUUAAGUCAGGUUAUUGGUUUCUGCAAAACAAUACCAAUAAUCAGGACAAAAAGGAACACUUCUGGAAAGAUCUCUGGAAGUCAAAUAUUUUCCCAAAGUGGAAACACUUUAUAUGGAAAAUCAUGCACAAUGCAGUGCCAACAGCAGAGAACUUGUGCAAGAGAUCAAUUUUACAAGUUGAUACAAACUGCAGACUCUGCAAAACAAAGAGAGAGACCACACAACAUCUUUUUAGAGACUGCGAAAUAUCAAAAAGGAUUUGGAAAGCCUCAAUGGGAAUAGUGACAGAUCAAAGUGCGCAAAUCUCAAUACAAGAUUGGAUUAGAAAUUUUCUCAACCUUCUUAGAAAAAAGAAAAAGAAUGCAGAUGCUGAUCAAAAUGCAGAAGCACAGUUCAUCUCAACACUUUGGGGAAUAUGGGUUCAUAGAAAUGAAAUAAUAUUCCAAGAAACAAGAACGAACCCAUCAAGAAUACUAGAGAUAAUCAAGGAUCACAAUAGAAGGCUUCUGGAAAGCAAUAACAAGAAAACAGAGCAGGAAAAGGAUAGUAACAGUAGUCUGAUCACAGAUGGAAGGCAAGCUAUAGUAUGGACAGUAGGGAAGAAAACGGGAAAUGUCAUGCAAACGCUAGUAGUAGAUGGUGCAUGGGCAAAUAAGAAGGGGAAUCAGUGGCAAGCUGCUAUAGCUUGGAAAAACAAGAACGGAUUAUUAGGAGAAGAAUCUGCUUCCAGAAUUUUUGCGAACUCACCGGUACAAACUGAGGCUUAUGCCAUUCUCAAGGCAUUACAAGACAUGAAAUGGAAGUGCUCAGACAUAACAAUACACACAGACAACAUAGAAGUGGUCCAAGCUCUGACCAGCCAAGGAAGAACAAACAAGAAUAUCGCCCAAAUAAUAGUAGAGAUUAAGAGAGCAGCUAGUAGUUAUCAUUUUGUUUCCUGUAUCAAAGUUAGGCGAGAAGCAGUUAACCUAGCCCAUGACUUAGCCGCAAAGGCAAGAAAAGGUUUAGUUAACUGCUCUCCGUUUUGA